CGUGUCCUCUAAAGCCUGCGCCAGUCCUCUCUUUCCCACAUCCCUUUCUCCGUCUCUACUGCUCUCUGCGACUAGCCCACGAUGCCCAUCCCCACCACCACCCGCGAGUACCGUCUCCCCAAGACGGACGGCUUCCACAACCUGGCGCUCAACGACGCUUCCAUCCGUCCGCCGAAAUCGACCGAAGUCCUUGUCAAGGUUCACGCCGUGUCCCUGCAGUUCCGCGACCUCAUCAUCGCAAAGGGCCAGUACCCCCUCGGCCAGAAGGACAAUGUCGUCCCCGGCUCAGACAUGGCCGGCGAGAUCCUCGCAGUCGGCGAAGACGUCAAAGACUGGGCCGUCGGCGACAAGGUCUGCGCCAACUUCGCAGUCGACCACAUCUUCGGCGACGUCACCGAGGACAUCAAGCAAUCCGGCCUCGGCGGGCCCAUCGACGGCGUCCUCACAGAGUACAAGGUCCUCCCUGCGCACUGUCUGGUUAGGAUCCCGGACGGCUGGUCGUACAUCGAGGCAUCGACGCUUCCGUGCGCCGCGGUGACCGCAUACAACGCGCUCCUGGGCGCGAACCCGCUCAAGGGCGGCGACACCGUCCUCGUCCUCGGCACCGGCGGUGUGUCCAUCUUCGGCCUCCAGAUCGCCGUCGCGAGCGGCGCGACGGUCAUUGCGACCUCGUCCUCCGACAACAAGCUCGCGGUCGCGAAGAAGCUCGGCGCGAAGCACGUCGUCAACUACAAGAAGACGCCGGACUGGGAGCAAGAAGUGCUCCGGAUCACGGGCGGGCGCGGCGUGGACCACGUCAUCGAGGUCGGCGGCCCGGGCACGAUCAACAAGUCGCUCGCGAGCACGCGGUAUGCGGGGACGGUCAGCGUGAUCGGGUUCGUCGCGGGGGCCGGCGACAUGUCGAAUCUGCCCGGUAUCAUCCUGGGCAAGGGCGUACACGUCCGCGGCAUCCUCAUCGGCUCGCGCACGCAGUUCGAGGCACUCGUGCGGCUGAUCGAGACGACGGGGCUGAAGCCCGUCGUGGACAAGGUGUUCGCGUUCGAGGAGACGCGGGCGGCGUACGAGUAUCUGGAGAGCCAGCAGCACGUCGGGAAGGUGUGCGUGCAGGUUGCGAAGGACUGAGCGGCGGCCGGGCGGAAUGAGGGUGACCGACCGAUGAACAAGACAAACGGAAGUCAUCUUGAAGUGGGGUUGUAUGUAUAAUGUAUGUACACUAUCGCCGGUAUGUAUGCAUCCUCUGCGUUUAUAGCAGCGACCUCACGUACUCGAGAGCACGCCGUGAUGUCAACGCCAGUGUACGAUGACACCGUACCCUCACUGUCGACUCGAGCCUCGGUCCCAUGGCCC